GGUGCUCUUUAACAUAAAUUUAAAAAUAUUACUCACGAUCUCUUCCACUAAAUUUACUCUAGCAACUUAAAACGUACAAGGAACUCAACAUAACCAGGCCAUCACCAAUAAUGAGAGGAGGAAACGAUUUUAUGAAGAAGAAGAGGAAGACGAGGUCUCUGAAAGUCUACAAGGUCUUGCAGAGCAGACCUGAUGGGUCGCCCAAUUACAUGAAGCCGACAACCAGCUCUGAUGCGAGGAGAGAAAAUUCACAGGUAUGGCAACAAUCCCAAACUCCAGAAAAAAAAACAAUCAGAAUAAACCAAUUUCUUCAAAUAACUCUCCUCAAGCAUGGGUCAGAUCCGUUCUAGCUCAAAAUUGAAACCCACUAGACCUUUGAAGAGAACCUCAAGUUUGAAACCCAUGAAGCCUUCCAUGAAGACAUAUGGUGUUCCGCUUUACCCUAAGCCAAAUAUCAAUAGAUCUACCUGUUCUUCAACUUUGAACGAUUCCAAGUUCCCAACCUAUAUUGCUCUUCAUCCUGGGGGCACCGAAUCAGAAGGGACCUCAGUUUUCAAGGUCUGCCCCUGUACUUACUGCUUUCUAAAUGGUCACCACCAUGAGCCUUUUCCUCCAUUAAAGCAGUUUCUAUCGGCUAGGACGCAUUUACUUAGGACACAAAAGAGCUUAAAAUUAAAGAGGCCGUCAUCUUCAAGUAGGCUAAAGUACUUUGAACUGAAGGGUAAGAAAGGAGUUGAUACAGCCCAGAGGUUCCUUAAUGAAGGUCUUCUUGAUGAGACUGGCUCUAUUGAGCCUCCACAAGGUUUAGAUGUAAAUGAUUUCUUUGUCGAAAUCUAUGAGAGUCCAAUACCAGGCCACAACAGUAAUUAUGGUUGCACCACAAAUGAAGAAAGUCACAAUUUCAGUAAAGAAUCAGCCCUUGUUACUGAAAAUGAGUUAGGCAGACCCAACACAAGCUUGGAAACAGAAACCAAAAGAGAGAAUGAGACCCAAAUUGAGGAGUCUUACUCUGAGAAAAGCUUGGAAGAAACCCAAAUUGAGGAUCUUUAUUCUGAGACGAGCUUGGAUGACAGUCUACAUCAAAUUGGUGAUGUUUAUUUUAUUGAAGAUGAUUCAAUACCUGUCACAGAAUACAUCAAGAACAAUGAGGAAGAAAAGGAUAAUGGAAUGCCCAAUUAUCCACUAGAUUGGGCAGAGAUAAGUUCCAAAGGUUGGGAAGAAAUUGAUCCAGGGGAACGUAGUGAACAAGUUUCAGAGACAAAUGAUGAAUCCAUCCCGGAAGGGUACCGCGAGAACAUGGAUGAUUACCUACUGGAGGAAUUUGUUUCUCAAGUGUCUACCAUGAAUUGGGAGAAGCAAAGCAAUGAAGAACUUGAUCAUGAAACUGAUAGCUUAGCAUACAGUGACAAUGGAGCUGAUACAGCGAUGUUCUCUUUGUUAACAGAGAAACAAGAGCCCACAUUUUCAGAUGAACCCAUAAUUGAACCAGAUGACCUCACCAAAUCCAGCAGUGCUGCACCACUACAAACCGAAGUCCUGUGUUAUGAUCCCAUCUCUGAACCCACUGAUCUAGCAGAAAUCUCUGUUUCAUCUUUCAUUGAUACUGAAACCCUGCACGAUAAAUGCACUGAUGAUCCAAAAGCCUACAAAAUAGCAGGGCCAACUCAGAUAAUUAAUUUACCAAGCAGCCACUAUUGUAAAGAUGCAUUGGAUGGUUCAGAAGAGCAAAUUCAGGUUCAACCAGCUGAAUUUGAAGACCUGCAAAGUCAUGAAAAGAUUGAAGUGGAUGAAGAACCCAAGGGUGUCAAUGGUGAUGAGUUAAAGAUGGAUAAGGGUGGAGAUACAGAAGGUUACAGCAUUGAAGAGAUAAGUGCAGAUAUGGAUGAAGAAGAAGAGCUGACACCUGAAGAUCUGGAAAGAGGCCAUGGAAAGAUCAAGGUUGAUGAAGAACACACAGGCAUCAAUGGUGGUAAACUAGAAAUAUAUAAGAUUGGAGUUAUAGAAGGUUUCAGCACAGAAAAUAUAUAUCUUGAUAUGGAAGAAGAAGAAGAAGAAGAAGAAGAAAUAACAACUGGCGAACAAUUGCAAAUUGAUAAUGAUUUGUUCGGACACCCUCCCUGUUAUUCUCUUCAAGGAAAACCAGAAGACAAGGGUACAGGCCAAUCCAGACAAGAUCAUAUUGAACAUUCCAAUCCCAUGCAUGAGAGUGAAGCCUCUCUGGUGGCACUUGCAGAGGAAUAUGGCCCAGACCGUAUUCACCUAGAUAUGGAGUCUCAUGAGUACAAUGCAACAGGAGAUGAAAGCAAAGAUGGACCACCUAUCGAACAAUCAUCAGAGGUUCAUGACCACCCAAGUCCUUCAUCAACAGAUGAAACCAAGCCUGAGGAUGGAUACAGCUCAUUACAAGAACAUAAAAAAAGUGAGAAAAGCAAAUCCCCUUCUGUUGCUCAAGAGAAUCCAGAAAGUGAUUCAAAGACGCAUAGAGAAGAAAAUGAAACACAGCCCGAUUACCUUGAAGCAAAUGCACACCGUGAAGCAGAAGAUGAAGAAAAUGCCACAACCACUAAGACACGCAUCUUUUCUGGUGAACUUAAGCAUCAAAAGGAAAAACCAAUAUCCUGGGAAAAAAGAAGGACAACAUGGACACUUGAUGAAGAAAAAAAAUUCAACCCACGAAGACGAGCUUACCUCCUAAUUGAGCCUGACCCAGAAGCUGAGAAUGUAGACCUCAGGCAUCAGGAAAUGGACGAAAGAAAAGAUGCUGAGGAGUGGAUGUUGGAUUAUGUACUAAGACAGGCAGUCACAAGACUGGUUCCUGUCAGACCCCGAAGGGUUUUCCUACUUGUCGAGGCCUUUGAAACAGUUAUGCCACCAAACAAAAGUGUGAACCACGCAUACACCAUGGCGCACCACACUUUACACAUGCACUAGCCAUGCAAUCAUGCAGCUGAUAUCUAUCAGGUACGCAUGUGAUAACUUCUCUUGUUGGAAAAAUCAACUCAUUUUGUUGAUGGGAAUGUAUGCUACAGUCUAGUGAAUUGUGGUUUCAAUGAACAUGGAACAAUAGUUCAUUUGGCACCAUAACCACCCCACAAAGUAAUGAAUGAUGAUGGAAAGAGUGGGAUGCACCAGAAAAGGACAUGAUACUAACAGAUGAACUCUGCCCUCCCCAUCACCGUCCAUCAUUUCAUUGGGUGCACCAUGGCGUAAUACAUUUGACUUAUAGCAUACUACCCUUUUGGUGAUUAUAUUUAAUAAAAACAAGAUGAAGACUGUGAUGAUAUUCGUGGAACAAACCUUUGUCGUGUUGUCAGGCUACAGCCAGUAUAAGCAACAGCAUGAUUACAGAAGCACAGUACACAGAACAAUAUGAUGGUUCUCCAUGAUUUUACAUAAGGGAGCUGGGUUUUAAAGUAGAUUAGGCUCUACAUAAGCUUGUUCAGUAGUAGUCUUAUAGAACUGCUGGUCUUCAUAAAAGUUAGCUCCAUGAUGAACAAUAUUAAAAAGAUUGUGAGUUCAUAUAUAUGUAAUACUUAGUAACCAUCUGCAUUACCAGGACUUUGUAGCUCAAUAGGAUGGUUGUUCUUGUA